AUGCAGGUGCCCGGGUGUGGCCGAGAGUCUCAGGCCCGUCUAAGACGCCAGGACGUCGGCCUAAAACCCCACCUGGAGCAGCCGGACGUGGGCAGACCCUGCGGCGAGGCGGCCGACAGUGACAGCAGGCCCAGCUCAGGUUUCUACGAGCUGAGUGAUGGUGGUUCCUGCUCCCUGUCGGCCUCCCGCACGUCCGUGAGCAGUGACCGCGUGUACUCCUUGGGCACUUUGCUGCCAGCUGACCCCACGGCCAGGCCCCGGUCAGCCGACGACACCACCGUGCAUGGAGCCCCCCUGCCCACCUGUAGACCGCAGGCCACCGAGGAGGGCGAGUGCCGGCCCAGGCCUGUGUCUACAGGUGAUCUCGAAAGAGUCCUGCCGUCUGCGGUGGUGCCGCAGAAAGCCAGCACGGACCCCACAUCCGCGACCCUCCUCUGCCACGGGAUGGGGCUGCCAGCCCACGGGCCGGACCCCAAGUACCGGCGUGACCUGGUGUCCACGGGGGGCAGGGAGGUGUACCCGUACCCCAGCCCCCUGCACGCUGUAGCUCUGCAGAGCCCGCUCUUCGCUCUGCCCAGGGACGCCCUGCACGCCGACUCCCAGCCACCCCCUAGGAAGCCCCCUCCCAGCCCCACAGGCCCGUCGAUCCCGACAAGACCUGUCCUUGAGGCCGGCCCCGCUGCAGCCUAUAUAGACAGGCUACUGAGGCUGCGGGCCCGAGGGACCCCCGCGAGGAGCAGUGUGGGUGAGCAGGGGCCCCCAUCCCCGCAGGCACUUGGUGGCCAGAGAGCAGACGGUCCAGACGGCCCAGAGAAGCUGGUGUGCACCCCCGGGAGAGCAGGAGCGGGCAGGCUGGCCCAGAGAGGGGACGCCAGCAGGGACCGCCUCGAGCAGCAGGGUGUGGGCACCCCGCGUCCCAGCAGCCUUCCAAAGGGGGGACCCAAGCCCUCCAGUGGCUGCGCCCGUGGGGACACCGUGCUGGGCUCCCCUCUGCCGAGGUGUGGGCGUGCCCAGGUGGCCGCCAGCAGUCAGGAGAGGACAGUCCUGUCGCCUGCCAGGAAGGCGGGAGGAGAGAACCCCGCUCUGGCCCCCGAGGGGUGUGGCCGCCCCCCAUUUGCUGUCAGCGGAGCUGCUCUCCUGGGGCUAAAAGCGGGCGCCCCCAGGACAAAGGCUGUGAAGAUCAGGAGAGGGGCCAGUGACAAGGUCCUGAGGUUUGGGGGGCAACCGCCAGCGGGAGGUGCCCUCGCCACCCCCCAGCUGCCUCCCGAGUGGGGGGCCGGUCUCAGGAGGAGGCCCACGCCGGCCGGGGUGGCGCCCAGCCGGUCCUGCUCUGAGCCCAGACUCUACCCCGUGCCCUUCCUGGUGCCCCUGCUGGUGGCCCGACGGGAGGCCCGCGGGGGCCCCGCGCUGGCCUUGUUCCCCUCAGAAGCGGCUGCUGUGGCGGCCGGGGGGGAGGCACAGGAACAGCGCCGGUGGCUGUCCUCCGUGGAGGUCUCGGGCGGCCUGGGGCCCCACAGGCCAGCAGUGAGCAGAGGGGGCGGGCAGCGGCCCGUGUGCGUCCGGGCCAGGCCCAGGCUGCCCCCCCGGGCCCCCCGCGCCAGGAGCGAGUCAGAGGGCUCCGAGCACUCUGCCGAGGGUGCCUCCCUGCCCCCGUCCGCUGCCACCGAGACCAGCGAGGACGACAGGGCCAGCGACCACACUGCCAGCUGCUUUGGGGACAAGGAGUCCAGCAGCAGUGACUCAGAAGGCGGGGCCUGGCCUGGGGCGCGUCCCCCACAGCUCCCGCGGGCCCCAGCCGCCCGCAGGCCGCCCCUGCCCCCCGUGCCCAAAGUGUGCCGGAUCAAGGCCUCCAAGGCCCUGAAGAGAAAGAUCCGGAGGUUCCAGCCGGCGGCACUGAGGGUCAUGACCAUGGUGUGA